GCCAGCCGGGCUGCACGCCUAUCCUUCUUCAUCGUAAACAUUGCAAACAAAACAAAACACGACAGCCCUGGCUGGAAACAAAUAACCGUUAAAAAAAAACGCACGACCUGUCAAUUUUCCCGCUUCCGCGCUUUUCCUAUCUCGAACUCUCUAUCUGUCAAAUCGAGUGCAUUCAAAAAAGGAAUUGAAAGGAACGGGAGCAAUAAUAACGUGUUAUUUAUUUAAAUAACGGUGAUUAUAUUAAGGUUAUCGUAAAUACCUAGUUCGAUUAGUGAAUAGUGAUUAACGAAACUUUAUUAUCAUCGAAUAAAGUAAGCUGUUAAGUUUAAACGUUAACGAACCGAAGGUAAUUAAACGAAAAUAAGCAAUUAAUUAGUCAAUUCCGAUAUAAAAAUCUGUGAUUACGUUGUAACCCCUAGUGAAAACUACCAAAGUGUUAACUACUAAAUUGGUAGGUUUUGGGUAACUGAUAGUAGAUUUUAGCUAGCGAAGUGUUCUUAAGGGUUAGGGCAUAAGUGUGUAGUGCCAAAUUAAAUACGUUUUGGGAAAAAAGUGUUAUUAAAAUCAAGAUGGCGUUUGCUGCUGCGCGAAUGAUUCUGAAGGACAAGAGAAGGAAGGCUUCGAAGGAAGACUUCAGAGAUCCGAGAAAUAGAAGCAAGGCCCGCAGCGCCAGUACGAGUAGUUUUAGGAGUGUGAGUCAGGCGAGGAACAAGCCAGCAGAUGGCGGGGGCCACGUCAACCAGAAGAAUGCGGCUGGACAGAAAGCUACCACACCCUGUCAGAAAGGAGGUCCAAAAACACCGGUAAAACCUUCAGCCCAGAAGGGGGCAGCGAAGACAGCGCCCCCUAAACAAGCGGCGGCGGCGGCCGCAGUCAAGACGCCCCAGGGCAAGAAGAAGAAGGGGCACAAACAUCAGCAGUAUGAGCUAAUAGUCACUAUCAACUUGUCGGAAUAUGGCCUCACGGAGGAGCAAGUUGCAGAGUUCAAAGAAGCCUUCAUGCUGUUCGACAAAGACGAGGACGGGACAAUCACGAUGGCAGAGCUGGGUGUAGUCAUGAGGUCGCUAGGACAGAGGCCUUCAGAGACUGAACUGCGGGACAUGGUGAAGGAGGUGGAUCAAGAUGGAAACGGGACAAUCGAGUUCAACGAGUUCCUCCAAAUGAUGUCCAAGAAGAUGCGCGGGGCUGAUGGAGAAGACGAGCUUAGGGAAGCAUUCAGGGUAUUCGAUAAGAACAACGACGGUCUGAUAUCAUCUGUGGAGCUUCGCCACGUGAUGACCAACUUGGGGGAGAAGCUCAGUGAAGAAGAGGUUGAUGACAUGAUUCGCGAGGCUGACCUUGACGGCGAUGGCAUGGUCAACUACGCUGAGUUCGUGACAAUAUUGACGUCGAAAAACUAGUAUGCAGAGCAAAAGCCGAGAAGAGAUCCUCCCCCACCGACCCCACCACAGUGUCCUUACGAGGAUUUGUACAAGUUUGGAGGGAAAGAAACUCUUAUAUAAUUGCUGUCGGCAGGCAAACAGUUAACUGAAGUGUUACCGCAAAAUAACGUGUUAUUCCGUCGGCGGUAACGUUAUAAUCGUUAUAAAUAACGCGCUUGGUGGCAGUGUAUACGUACGUGUAUUUAGAUGUAUUUCGUUUGUUAUUUUUAAUUAAAUGAAAGUUUCAAGAAAUAUUCAGUUUUGCCUGUAGUCUGUUGCAAACCUGUUUAAAAAUUAAUAUACGUCCAUGUGUCUAGUUCAAAAUAUUAAUAAAAGUAUUUUAAAAUUACAUUUUAUUUUUGAAUCAUCGGUGGUUGCUUAAUAAUAACCAAUCAAGAACACAUUAACAAAUCAACGAAAGAAAUAUCUUAUUUUAAAGUGUCUAAGUACUAUUUUAUAUCAACAUGCAAUAUGCAUUUUAUCCAAAUUUUUAUAUUUUUUAUAACACACGGAAAGCAGGGUUGUCUGCGAUUUUAAUUUUAGUUAUUUAUUUGCUGUUAACUUGUAUGAUAUUUUGACUAGUUACCUUAUAAUGUAACUUACCUAUUAAAAUAUAUAUAUAACCUAGGUACCCAUAAAGCUAUAAUACUUAGAUACAAUGAGAAAUAAACUGUAUAAAAAUUUCUCCAACAAUUUACAACAGCAAUAGGGAACGUAUUAAAAAUAAAAUACUAAUACAAAACAUUAUUCUAAUAAUAUUUAAAAAUAGAUUUAAUAAAAAAUCUAUUUAACGAUAUAUUUUACAAAUUUUCCUAUUGCUCUAGCUACUAUAGAUAUAUAGGCACAGGUAUAAUCAUUAAAAUUAUACAAAGAAUAUGAAAAAAGUGUCCCCUUUGUGACGCUUAUACAAAAACGCGUUACGCAAAGGACUAAAAACACAGCGAUGAGGCAAACACCGAAGAAUCGGAAUUAAAAUUCAAUUUGAAUUGGGACAAUUUUUUUUUUGUGUACCACUACAAUGUGCCUAAAUAUCUACUGUACUACAGUUAUACAGUUUAGACAGAACGUUGUUUAAAAUUGUUAAAAUUAUCAAAACAAAUGUUGUGAAAUAAAUGGUUAUUUAUACAUAUAUUAAUUUAAAGGUAUUAAAACAAUAUUUUAUCAAUAGAUAUAUUUUUAGUUUACUGUAGACUGAGAUCUGAAUUACAUUAUAAAUAUAUAAUGUGAAGAAAAACUUAUAUGAUGUUUAUUAUAUUUUUGAAUUGUUUAUUUUGUUUAAGAAACAAAAUGAAAUGUGUAUUUACACUUAAGAAAUACUUACCUAAUAGAUAAUCAAAAAUAGUACCUAAAUAAAUAUAAUAUAAUACCUAUUUAAAAUUAAUAGUUGUAAACAAAAUUCGGUUGUGUCGCAUUUUUGUAAUAAAUAAAUUAGUAAAUAUAUAAUGGAUAUGUUUCUAGAUUUUGUAGACUCUGAAGACAAAAAUAUAUGGAGCCAGUGAGUUGCUCAAAGAAUACAGGAAAAAUACAUUAUUUUCUCAAUUGAAAAAAAUUCGCUGAUUGACACGCAGUCGAACCGCAUAUAUUCAUCAGUCACAUACCACGUGCCAGUGCUAAGAUUGGCUAUUUGUAAAUUUUUGUUGCACUUAAUGUGUGUGAUUGAGAUAGAAUCUUUAUAGACACUUGCAUCCUUAUAUGACUACUUGUCACGCUGCGUGUGGGAUGUCCAGAUACAUCAGACUUAAUUGAUCACGAUUUCUAAAAUACUCCUGUAAUAUAUUUAAUUUUCGGUCUUAGUCCUACUGAUUCUAUAUAUUUCUAACUUCCAAACUAGAAGGGGUACGUAUACACAUUAGGACUUAGAAUUGGUAAUGUCUAUCGGUUUUUGUAAGUCUUCCAAAAGCGGAGGUUUACUAACAGCAUCCGCUGCGUGACGCGUGGCAUCUGUGCAUAUUCGGCCUGCUUCAAUUGCAUAUUAUAUAAUCUGAAGUUGGAAGGAAAUGGACUGCAAAUUUUUCACCGUGUGUCAUCAUGAUGUCAUGUGACUUAGAUUAUUCAAAAAUAGGGUCACGGACUAUAAGGUUCAGGAUUCUACUUUAGCGUUUCGCAGCGGAUAUUCUCAACGCGUCGAGCCAAAGUAUUGGAGUUCAUUAUAGCUAUGUGGAAACGAAUAAAUAAUGUAAUCUUAGCAAAAAAAAUAGGGUAAUUUAAUUAAAAAGCGACGGAAUUUGCCAUUUUAACCAACCCGAGACACAAGGGUAAUUUUAUUUUUUAAAGAAGCAGCGUUUCCCUAAUCUAAGGGAUUAAAAAAAAUAAGGAUUUGAAAUUUUUAUAUUUUUUAUUUUAAUACAUUACAAAUAUUUAAUGUUUCGACACAGAGAUCGCACUUUUUAUAAUAUUAAGAAAAUAUACCGUAUUUUAGCAAUAUUUAACACGAAUGUCAUGUCUCUUUGUGUUACCCUUUUUCAUUAUAUAAUACACAUACUUAUUAACACAAAUUUUAAUCACUAUUUUAAAAGUAAGGUCACUUAUAACACUGUUUUGUUUAAAUUUAAUGUAUUUUAAAAUUUUGAUCCUUAUUAUACCAAUGCCUAGUUGACUAAGAUUUAGAGAAAAAAUAUAUGUAUACCUAGGUACUAAAGUUAUCUUCAUAAUUUCUGAUGUAACCUUCUAUACAUGAAGCGAUCUUUCAGUCGAACCCUUAAAUAUAUAACCUUUUGUUACUGUCUUUUGAGACCGAGCCUAGAUUCAGUGUAUCUGUAAACUAAUUAUUUAAUAAUAAUUUUAAACUAUUUACUGGUUUUAAUCUGAAGCUAUGUUAAAAAUAAACACGAGAUAUGGUUUGAUCUGAAAAGAAGUGGUAUUUAAGGAAAUUCAUUAAACAACAUUUACGUAACUUAACAUUAAGUUUCCUUCUUUUCUGCUAAAUAUCAGAUCUUUAAUAAUGCAUCGGGUGUUUGUUAUGAUGGCUGUAUUAUGGUAAGUAACAUUUUAAAACUUGUACUUAAAUUAGUAAUUUACAAUGAUUGCGUUGUUACUGAAUAAAUUAUCAAAAAUGGGCUUCCUUUUAAUUUAGUACACAAAUUCAUACACAUAUAAAUGAGAUAUAAAUAAAAUUCGACACUAAUAAAAAAAAAACAAAUUUACAUUAAUUGACAAUAAAGUUAAAACAAUUUGUUACUUACGUUAUAUGCCUACUAAAUUUUUGUCAAUUUAUUUAAAACUAAUGAACAUUCACAUAUCACAAGCAUUAUAAUAAAUUCAAAAGGAAACCUAUUUUCUGUACAUGAAUACUUUAAUUUAAGAAAAAAACGUAUAUGAACCAUACAUUUACAUUUUAAAAUUGAAAUGCAAAUUAAAUAUAUGAUAAGUAAAAUAAAUUACAACAUUAUUUGAUUAUAUACAAUGGAGUAUUUUCAGUAAUUCUGUUACACAACUAAUAUUAUGUGACUAUUCCUUUUGUUAUGUAGGUAAGUACGUACACCUAUAAAAAAGGGUAUAUUUUUUUAAAGGCUAAACUCUGUUUCCAAUGGAAUAAGUACAAUAUAAAUUAUUUUAAUUGUAUUAAAAAAUAAACAUGAUGAUGUUACGUGUUACAAAUAAUUAUAAAUCAGAUAUCACUAAUAUUUAUUAAUAAUUCUUAACCUGGAAACUAUAAGUAUUUAAUAUGAAUUUAUGUGUAUAAGCUAUGUUAUUUUCGACAGGCGUUCUAGAGGAAUAGUUGAGUAAGUGCUCUGUAAUACCAAGUCACUUUAUUCAAAAUGCUAACCUAAAACAUUUACUUACUUAUUUAACCUAUUUAAACCUUUUUAUUUUUAAUUUGGGUUAUAUCAAAACUGACAUUACGGUGGAUCGGUAUUUAUUAUAAUUUUUUAGUUUUCAGAAAAAAAAUGGAAAAUAAAUCAGUUUUCGAAUGUUGUCAAAAGUACAACCUCUAUAUGGCAUAUUUUAAAAUGAUUACGCUUACAAUUUAUUUAAGAGUAUAGUGUCCGUUUUGUGACGCGUACUCACAGUGCUUAUUCAGUCAUAGAUCUUUUUCUCAAACUCAAAUUCAGUCACACGCAGUGACUGAAUUUGAGUGUUCUCUUUUAUUACGUGACUGCCACUAUGCAUCACGAAGCGACGUCCUUAUUCUGUUUAUUAUUUAUUUAUUUAAACUUUUUUGGACAUAAUACAAUUUGUAAAUUAAUGAUAAACGAUUUAUCUAAUAGUCAGCCAUACCAUAGGUCAUACGGAGAAUGUCAACAAUUAACUAACGCAAUUUGGACAGAUGAUGUUUUGCCGUUUUAUUUUAUCAAAUUUUCUAGGCUUAGGGCCUGUUUAAAUAUUGUCUGAUAAAAUAACUGAUAGAUUAACUAAUUUAUAAAUAAAUCUGCUUGAUUUUAUUGGCCAGUCUGCCCUAUAUAACACUUGUGAAACACAAUUUUUAUUACUAUCUGUUCGAUAUUUAUAGACUAUCAGAUACUUUAUCAGCAAGCGUACUAUAUCGUCCAAAUUCGAAUAUUAAAGCAAAUUUUACCCUUUCCUCUUUAAACGUCCCUAUUAUAAACGCAAAAUCGAAUGCUUUCCUUAACGUAUUUGUAAUGAAAUGUCGAUUUUUGACGACAAUGAUUUUAGUGUUCUGUUGAUUAAGACGUUUAUUUGCGUGUUGUGCGUAGUGUGGUUGACAACUGUUUAUAAGGGUUGCCAAUUGAAAUUAAACCUAAAAUACAUGCAUUUAUUAGAUAUUUUGUCUCCAAAUGAUUGUACGUUAUUGUACCAUACAUUUUUAAUUAUGCCAAAAAACUGAAGGGCUUAAUAUUAAAGACCCUAUUAAUACAUGUGAGUAAUCAAAAUUUAAUAUUAUCGUUGGGGUUUGCGUUUAUCCCAAAAUACUUAUCAAUGAAUUUAUGGACGUAGUUUGAAACUCCAAUUAUUCCAAUCCAUAAUUUAUCGUGUUCUCUCGCUCUCGCGUGCAAUGACCCUGGCAUAGGCAAAUAAUAAAUAAAUAAAAAAGAAUUGCCAGAAUUUAUUAAUGACAAUCGACUACGUGUGAACCGCUGCACUGAACCUACCUUUACUAUGAAGUAGUAGUAGUCAGGUGGUACACUCCAAGUAUUAUAACCAAUAGAUAUUUUUGGAUAAAUUUUGGAUUAAGAUUUUUGACUAAGCACAUAAUAAUAUUAUGAGUAAUAGGUACUGAUAGCCCCAUUUUAUUUUUUGGCAUAAUUAAAAAUUUAUGGUUUAUAGCUAUAUGUAUAUUAGUUGCAUUGUUGCAGUAAUAUUGUUUGAUAAAAAGUCAUUGAAUGAUAACCCUCCGUUGUUUUAGGAAAAAAACUGAUUUUAGCAGAAUCUGGACUGGACUGAUUCUGCGUUGGGAAAAUCGUCGUAUGGCAGAAAAUAUCCUUUAUUCUCCACAGUUCCUUUUAACACAGACACAUUAUGUAAGACAAAAUAUAGGAUGUAGCAUAGCGUGUGAGCCGCAUGUCUGUGUGUUUGCUCAGUAGUAAAAAAAACAGGAACAAUGAUGAUACCCAAGAAGGGAAAAUAUCGAUGUUCUUCUAUUCAAGAAGUUAAAAUAUAAGUUGUUUUAACUUCUUGAAUAGAAGUUUAUUGAUUUACUAAAUUUUUUAAACAAACUAUAUAAAAAAUAAUUUAUUAGCAGUAAAUUUUAAACAACAAGCAGAUAUUAAACUUUAUUAACGUAAAUACAGGUCACUCACGCGUGAUUAUCGACGGAAAAGUUGACUAAGUAUAGUUUCAGUCUUGUAGAAGUCCUUUAUCAAGACGAGUGCGACUCUAGCCUUCAUUUUUAACCCCGGACGCAAAAAGAGGGGAAUUAUAAAUUUGACCGCUAAGUGUGUCUGUCUGUACACGUGGCACCGUAGCUCAUCAACGGGUGACCCGAUAUGGAUGCGUUUUUUUUUAUUUGAUAGCUAAUUUUUAUGCGGUGGUUCUUAGAUAUGUUUGAUCAAAAUCGGUUCAACCGUUAAAAAAUUGUAGCGAAAUUAAUAUUGAAAGUCGGGGUUCUUUUUUUGAAUUUGUCUAACAAAUAAACUUGUCAUUGACAAUAUCUAUAAUUUUAGCUUUGCGUAAUCAUAUUUUUCAAUUUAUUUGAAAUUGGCAACCCUAUAUUUAUUGAAUGUUGGUACUGAAUGUAUUUGAGCUGGCAGCUGCCAGUGACGUUUUAAAUGUAAAAACAAUGUUAUUAUAUAUUAAAUCAUGUUAUACCUACGUGCAAGUUAGAUAUUCGAUGUAACUAGAUGAGUAUACAAGCUUGGUAUGAAACAAACAAAUUUUAAUAAAAUUGAUAUGUGAAA